UCCGUGUCCCCCUGGUACAGUCACUACUGCAGGACUCCACUUAAGAGGACUUAUUCUUAAUGUUUUCUUUCAUUUAUUAAUUUGAUGCAAUUUAAUUCUCACGGUGUAUUAGUUUAUGUAGCUUCUUACGUCAUUUCCUGGUUUCUGGUUUUAUAACUCUCAUUCGCCAUGGAUCUGGUCAUAGUUCUUCUCUCCAUUGUUGUCAUACUAUUUUUGGUCAAAGCUUUCAAGAACAAAAAACAAGGAAAUUACAAAAAUGUCCCACCUGGUCCAACACCUUUACCAAUCAUUGGAAAUAUCCACAUCAUGGAUAUAGGAAAACCCUAUAAAACAUUUUUACAGUUGUCUAAGGAGUACGGCACAGUCUUCAGCAUCCAGAUAGGAUUGUCAAAAUCAAUUGUCCUAUGUGGUUACGAGACCAUCAAAGAUGCUCUAGUCAAUCAUGCUGAAUUAUUUGUGGAAAGACCACAUACACCAUUGUUUGCAGACACAAUAAAAGGCCACGGCAUUGUCUUUUCCACGGGAGAGAACUGGAAAGUGAUGAGAAGAUUUACACUCUCAACCUUACGAGACUAUGGAAUGGGAAGAAAAACCAUAGAAAACAGGAUCAUUGAGGAAUCUGAAUGCUUAAUCCAGAAGUUGAGAUCAUAUGAAGGAAAGCCCUUUGAUAAUGUGACAAGUAUUUAUGCUGCUGUAACCAACAUAAUUGUGUCUAUACUGCUGAGUAAAAGGUUUGAUUAUGAGGAUCCGACCAUACUACGUCUAAUGGGUUUAGUCAAUGAGAAUGUAAAACUUCUAGGCAGCCCUUGGGUCAUUCUGUACAAUUCUUAUCCAUUUCUGGCAAAAUGUCUACCCGGAGCUCACAAAACAAUUUUUGAAAAUGUUAAAGAGUUUCUGGACUUUAUAAGAAAGAUAUUUACAAAACAGAAGAAAGAGCUGGACGUGAAUGACCAGAGGAACCUAAUUGACGCCUUCUUAGCCAAGCAACAAGAGGGAAAAUCUGAAUUCUCUAAGUAUUUCCACAAUGAGAAUCUGACUGCUCUGGUGGGGGAUUUGUUUGGGGCUGGAAUGGAGACCACAUCAACCACAUUAAGAUGGGCUAUUCUUCUUAUGAUGAAAUAUCCGGAAAUUCAACAAAAAGUGCAAAAUGAAAUUGAACAUGUGAUCGGAUCGGCCCAACCUCAAAUGGAGCAUAGGAAACAAAUGCCGUAUACAGAUGCCGUCAUUCAUGAGAUUCUUCGGUUUGGGGAUAUCGCACCGCUUGGUGUUCCACAUUCAACUACUCAGGAUAUCACCUUUAGAGGCUACUUUAUUCCUAAGGGAGCCGCUGUAAUUACACUGCUGCAUUCAGCGCUCAGGGAUAAAGAUUACUUUGAAAAACCAGAUGAGUUUUAUCCAGAGCAUUUUCUUGACUCCAGUGGGAACUUCAAGAAGAACGAGGCCUUCAUACCAUUUUCAAUAGGAAAAAGAAGUUGUGCUGGGGAGACUUUGGCUAAAAUGGAGAUAUUCCUCUUCUUUACGUCACUGUUGCAAAACUUUACAUUUCAACCAGUACCUGGAGCGAAACUUGAUCUUAAUCCAGCCAUGGGAUCUACAAAUGCCCCCAAGCCUUAUAAAAUCUGUGCUGUAUCUCGCUGAUGGACUAUGAUUACUACUAAUUCUAAUGUCAAAGACACUUUGGAGGACAUUUAUCAAAACUGGUGCUAAGGGAAACUAGCUUAGGUGCCUAUUGCAACAAGGGAGCUUUAAAUAAUGAAAGGUGGAAUCUGAUUGGUUGCUAUGGUCACCUAAGCAAGUUUUCCUUAAAUAUCCCCCUUGUAUCAUAGAAAAAAAAGUUAGUAAAUAUUUGACAAAUAGAAGUCAUAUAGCAAAGGUAGAAAUGAAGAAAAUUUUAGCAGUGUUAAGCGAAUUCGAACUGUCCAAAGUGGACUUUGAUCUGAAUUUCUGGGAAAAUUUGAUUGGCUGCAAAGCCAAAUUUCCUUGUGCAUCAUGCCAAUGAAUUGAUUUUCCCGAAAUGAGAAAAAAAAAAAUCAUACUCAUCUCAUCCAUUUAAGCACGAAGAGCCCACAGUUACCAUCAGCAACUGGCCAAUGUGACAAUGGAUUUUGCACUGGAUCGUCAGUCAAGAUGGCGGCUGUGGGCUCUUUAGGAUCAAAUGGAUGAGUUAAAUAUAAAUUUGUUUAUUUAUUUUUCAUUCGACCUUAGUAUUAAUGUUAAAUGCCGCGCUCAGCGAGGAAUGUGCAAUGGCCGUUCCCUGUCAUUGAACUCGCUACUUAGAAAAAAAUUUGCUUUGUAACACAGUAAUUCGUCACAAAGCAAAUGUUUUUUGUAAAAUUCGACGUAGCAGCCGAAUCAAAUUUUUUAAGGACUUAGCUCAUCUCUAGUUUUUAGUAUAGGAUCUACUUUUUGGUCAGGAUCAAGUAUCUACCAGGGUAGCAGGGAGAAGCAUAAGUGAUGGACAGAGGACACUUCUGUCAUUUCUUUUGUAUGUUCCAGAACAUCCAUUGCCCCAUAAUGUUGAUAGCAGCCAUAGUUAAUUAUUGUACUACUGCCAUAGCCCUGCUUUCUUCUUAUGUGUCCAUGACGUACCUCCCCUCUGUUUUAGUUUAUGGAGUGUGAAACCCAUACCUCCUUACAUGAUUCCCCAAUGUCCAGUUCAUUCAAUAGGACUGGUCACAGGUUCACAGAAACAUUCAAAAAGUUCUUCCAUUUUUGUGUAAAAGCCAUCAGAAAUGCAGCCCAAGAUUAGGAGCUACUUGUCCUCAGUGUAAAGUCACCAGGUAGAUCUAGCUCCAUGGUUUGGCCGACAUACUUUGGUUUUAUUAGAGUUACUGUGCAUAAGCCAGAGUAAUUUCUUAUGUGUGAGGCACAUAUUCUGGCUUAACAGUCUUAUCCCGCUUUACAGAAAGUUCUGGACCCCGUAGCAGAUCAGAGUAUGCUAGGACAAUGCUACUAAACACACAAGUAGAAAAUACAGGACCUGCGAAUGGGAGGCAUUGUAACCCAAAACAAAUUCACUUUCAAGAUAUGAGCCCUAAAUUAAUUCAGAUUCCAGAUCAUUACGUAGGUUGAAAAAAGACAAGCCCAUCAAGUUCAAUCUAUCUCCAUCAAACAUCAUUAUUUGCUAGAAGGAUUAAAACCCCCAUUUACUUUUAGAUAAGUCUUUUAGCCUUUUGGAUUAGGGAUUUCCAUGUGGUGAAUGUUCUAACUGUAAAGAACCCUUUCCUAUAUAAGUGCAUAAAAUAAUUAACAAAGAAA